CGUCUACUCAAGACUGGACGACACGAGCAAGAAAACACCAUGGCCCCUUGGAUCCUCGGCGAGAAGUUCAACACCGUUUACCCUCACAAGGGCUCUAUCAAAGCUCUCUGGGAAACUAAGUGGAAGUUUGCAUGUGAAAAAUCCGUCUACCCAUUCCACGACGGUGCCAUUGAAGACUUUCGACCUAUUUUCCAGAAGCUUAUUGAUGAAAACAUCAACGAUGCCUACACAGAUGCCUACACACAGGCUUUCUUCCCGGUUGCUGAGGCCCUGGAGAAUAAGGCCUCGGCUGCUUUGAACAACAACAAUGUGGAGAUGGCCUCUGACCUGCUCCGUAGAGCCGCUGUGGUCUACCGUAUCUCCCGCUUCCCCUAUGUCGAUCCGACUAGAGAGGAUAUCAAAAAAGAGGCCUUCAACCGACAGAAGAAGGUGUAUUUGAAGGCAGCUUCUUUUUGGAAGCCCACCAUCCAGGAGGUCAUCAUCCCGCACAAGCAUAAGUCGGCCACCGACGGUGCCUAUGUUCCCCUCUUCGUUCGUGUCCCGGAACAUGCGACGGCAGAGAACCCUGUCCCAGUUGUUGUGCUAAUGACUGGCCUGGAUGGAUACCGCCCCGACAACAGUCAGCGCACCCAUGAGAUCAUCAACCGGGGUUGGGCGACAGUUAUCUGCGAAAUUCCCGGUACCGCGGACUCGCCUGCCGACCCCAGCGACCCCAAGUCGGCGGACCGUCAAUGGACCACCGUUCUCGACUACAUGGCGACUCGUCCGGAGUUCGACAUGUCCCGGGUUGCUGCCUGGGGUCUAAGUGCCGGUGGAUUCUACGCCAUCCGGGCUGCACAUACCCAUCGUGAUCGCUUCGUGGGAACCCUCGCCCACGGACCGGGGUGCCAUUACUUCCUGGACCCCGAGUGGUUGAGCCGUGUCGAUGACCACGAGUAUCCAUUCCUGCUCACUCCUGCCUGGGCCAAGAAGUACGGCUACUCCAACCCGGAGGAUUUCAAGAAGAAUGGCCAGAAGAAGUUCUCUCUUCUCGAGACUGGCAUCUUGGAUCAGCCUAGCUGCAGACUGUUGCUGCUCAACGGUGUGGAUGAUGGCGUCACCCCCAUUGAAGACUGCCUGAUGCUCUUCAACCACGGAAGUCCCAAAGAGGGAAGAUUCUUCCACGGUCUCCCUCACAUGGGGUACCCUCACAGUCUGGUCCCGUCGUACAAGUGGUUCGAGGAUGUUCUGCGCUCACCCCAGGAGCCUCUCAAGAACUAGAAAGAAGGGUUGUUUCCAACGCGUCGUA